UCAUGUGCAUGUUCACGACUAUUCAGACGCCUACAAUACACAUUUGCAGUAUAUUUUUGCAUGCCUUGUUUUCACUCCCACACCAGUUACCUAGGGAUUAUUGAUGGCAUCUUUCACUUAAAUUGAAUAUCAUGUAGAUCUAAAGUUUUUUUCACCGGUGCUGGGCCAAACAUACUAGUGAAAUUAAACCCAGAUCACAAGUAACCUACAAGGGUGUUCGUGAGAUGUGCUGCUAUCCCCCAAGCCUCCCUGGUGUUAACUGUCUCCCUCUCCACCACCCAACUGGAACAGCGGUGCCCGGCAUGCUUCGAUGGCAGCAGGACUCAUAACCAUGGUAAACACCUACAGACAUACAUAGGCCUGCCAUGGCAACGGACAGUUUAUUCUCUGCAGGUGGCUCAGUGUCAGGUAUUCCGUCACAAGAUAAUCUGUGACUUGCAGGUCCCAUCUGAGAGACUAGUUCUAACUCAUUUUUAUUCAGACACAGAACAAUCACAGAAGCAAACCAGAUGCCUGGCAUUUGAGGCCACAUUGAAUUCAUCAUGAACGGUGAGUUCUUAUUCCUCGUUUGGAUGGUUGUCACAGCCAUGUAUUUGUAUUGAAGGUAUGCUAUGAGCUGAGGUUCACUUACUGUUACAUAUUCCACAGUGUCUGCUGCUGGCCUUUCUGUGUUGAUGCUGUGUGGGUUUCUGGUCUCGGUGCGCUCCAACCGUUGUACUCCGGAGGCACAGAUUUACAUCUGUCAAGAGAUCCCACAAAGUUACCCUGCUGGCCUGGCCUCUCUGGUGCUCUUAGUAAGUAAUGUUGGAGCAAUCAACAGUACUGUGUUCAGUAGUGUCAACCUGGCCUCAGUCACCCGCCUCACCAUCAACAACGCUGGUAUCACCGACAUCGCGUCCACAGCUCUCGGUUUCUUCCACAACCUCCAAACCCUCAGCCUGGACCUCAACAACAUCUCCCAGCUCAACCCAACCUGGUUCCAUGAACCAGCCACCCUCCAAAACCUCACCCUAAUUCAGAACCAUAUUGAGUUUGUAGAGGACUCCAUGCUUAGUGGGUUAACUGGUCUAAUUAGCCUAAACCUGACCAGGAAUAUGAUCCAGAGCAUUGCUCCUGGUAGUUUUAGCACCCAGACCCAUCUGGCCAGUUUGGACCUGUCUGGUAAUAGGAUCGGAACCAUCAGUCCUGGUAAUGUAGCAUGAUGUACUACAUUACCCAUAAUACACUGUGUAUGAUAUCCUGUUUUAUCUUAGUAAAGAAGUUCCUGAAGCUAACAAUGGUGUACUGUCUCAUCAAUACAGGUAGUUUCAGUGGACUCACUGGCCUAACUAGUCUAAACUUGGCCAGGAAUAGUAUCCAGACCAUCAGUCCUGGCUGUUUUAGCGCCCUGACCAGUCUGGUCUACUUGGAUCUGUCUGGUAACAUGCUGACCAGGGUUAACCCCCAGGACCUGCUCCCACUCUCCCCCUCCACACAGAUCAGGCUGGAUGGCAACCCCUGGGACUGCUCCUGUGGAGUGGAGGACUUUGUCAUCUUCCUCAGAGGUCUGCAGAAUGCCUCUCUGCUGGAGAGGGAGAUGGAUGUGACGUGUGCCAGCCCUUCAGCCCUGAGAGACCAGCCUGUGUGGAACGUGUCCAAGUGUUUGAUACCUAACCCACAGCCCCAGGAGGACACCCACAUACGGCCCCCAGCCAUGUCCAUCACUGUCUCCACACUCAUAGCAGUGAUAGUGGUGCUGUGUAUCCUGAUCUGUGUGGUCUGUGCCCUGGCUGUAGUCUGGAGGAGGAAACGUGAGACCAAACAGGUGAUGCCCAGUCUGGCGACAAAAGAGGAGGAGGAAGCCGCAGAGCAGCCAGACAAUUCCACCACCACCCUCCACAGACAGGUGGCUUCUUCGUCUGACUGGGAUCCAGAGCUUGCUGCAAGGACUUACAGAUCUGGAGUCAGAGCCAAGUCUGCUGAUGCUGUCCUCUCCACGUCCCAGUUCUGUAGAGCAGAGAGAGAAGCACACAGGGUGGUGGUGGAGACUGAGAGAGAACUAUACAGGACGGAAAGUGUGAGAGAGCGCCCGUUAAAAGAGACGAGGAACUCCGAGGAAGAGAACAGCAAAGAGCCAGGAGAUAAUGAGUCUCAGGGGGUAGACAGAAACCUGACAGGAAAAGAUGAUGUUAAGGGUGAAGUGAGUCGGGAAAAUGACAGAGGUGAGAGAGAUGAUGAUGGAACUGUGAAUCUGCAAGAUGGCGGCCAAAACAUAAUCUGUGUAUCCCAGGAUUCGGAGGCCAUACCGUACCUGACCAUCGGUGCUGACCCGGCCGAACCACACCUUGAACGCCACAAAGGUCCAAGUCCACAGAAAGUCAUGACAAGGAUUUCCACUUGGCCCGCCACCUCAGCUCAGUGGCAGUCCCACUUCACCAUACAGAGAGAGGGGCUCUGUGUCUUCCCUAAGAAUGACCCUGGUCAAGAGGUCGAAGGUGAAACAGAGAACCAAUCACCUGACCAAGAGGUCGAACAGAUCCAGUCACCUGACCCUGGUAAAACCGAGAACCAAUCACCUGACCUUGAGCAAGAGUUUAAAGAUGACACAGAUAAUCGUUCAGCUGAUGUUUUUGUCAGUGUUCUGGAAUCUUCCCCUUCACCCAUUGCUAUGAGGUCUUCACCCCCAGAAGGGGACAUGGGUGUGGUCAAUGCUGAGGAGAACUGCAGUACGCCACCAGACUUAGAGACAUCCUCUCCAGAGUAUGAUCCAGUCUCACUGAAUGAUACUGAACCAGAACCUCUCAUUAAGACAAGCGAGACCCUGUCAGACCUGGUCGACACUCCCCUGUCUAGUAACGUCCUGACCCAGACUGAGACCAAUCCUGGUCAAGAAAAUCCUGAAGAAUUGGAUAACAAACCCACACAAAUUAGGGCUGUACAGAGUGAAGGCAAAUCGAACAGAAAUGGGGUGCCAAAGAGAGCAGGCAGGAGCAGAGAGAGUACAGAGCAUAGUGGAGCUCCCCCUAGUGGUGUCUCCCCCAGUGACGACAACCUGCUACUGGAUAAUGAAUACGCCUAUAUUGACUUGCUGCACGAGGUGGUUCAGAACCAGGGCCGGUGGACCAGAGAGAGGUGGAAACAGACUCACCUCAACAAAGCAGCAAGCAAGAGAAGCAAUCACCAGGGACAUUAAACUACAGACUGUGGCUUUUAUAUGAUCUGGUCUUGUGUUUUUACUUGUCCUGUGUAAUAGUCUGUAGUGUUUUGAAAAGUGCUAUACAUAAUAAAAUGUAUUUUUCCUGUGGCGACAAAGGGUGAGCAACCCCACCAUUAGAGGUGUUUGGUUAUUCCCAUUUUUGUGUUUUGAGUGAUGAUUUCUCUCGGUGAUUAAACAAACUACAGGAGUGUUUUUCCCUUUCAAUGUUUCCGGCUGCAUGCAGCAUUUAUUGUUCAUAUUUUACAUCACGGUAGAGAAGUAGACCUACUUCGGAAUAAGAAAAAGUACAAAAUGGAUCAAACCUUUUUUGACAAUUAACUAAAAAUGUGAUAAAGGUAAACACACGAUUUUGUCUGGAGGACAUGCAUGGUCCCAUAUAAAGAUAUCAAAUGACAUGCUGACAAAUAACAAGCGGGAUAUAUGAUUAAUUUUCUAGUUGUGAUACUUCACACAGGUCACCUAACUGUAGGAAAACAUAUCUGGUUUGGCAAGCUUUCUCUCAAAACAUGCUUUUUGUGUUUGCAUGCCCCUUUCUAUAUUACAGUAAGAACUUCAAAAUUAAUUUUUUAUUCAACUUCUCCAAUAAGAGAAUUUCCUUGGGGUUCCGUUCACAUACAACGAUGAGGUGGGAGGACACGAGGUGAUGAUCUGUAAACUGCCCUUCUGGGGGCCUGGCUAGUAUGGAACAUAUUUUAUCUACACAUACAUACAGUACUUCAAUGGGAAUGGAGACACAUUACAUUACAUCCCAAAACACAUCAAGGGC